AUGCCAAAAUUCAAUGUUAUAUCAACCGAUGGCCAUCGCAUAUUGAAUUCUUUAAGCGUGAUGAUACAAACAGGGAUAUUGAUUUUGCUUAUAGGAGUCUCCAAUGUAACAGCAGCUGACUUGGCAUUGAGACAACCUGCAAACAUGACCUUUCCUUGCGAUUCAGAAGCUGCAUCGGCUGUUGAAGGCACAUCAGCAAGGUGUGCAGUCACCAGUCUUCUCACGGACCCCUGGUGGCGUGUAGAUCUGGGAACAAGUUACGUUGUCGAUGUAGUAGACAUUACAGCCGGUGCAGAUGGGUUAACAGAUUUUGAAAUACGAGUCGGCGACAAUCUUGAUAAUGAAGGAAACUUAAACCAAAAGUGUGGAGGACCACACACUUUGACUUCUUCACAGGAAAUGUCGUUCUUUUGCACCCCAGGUAUCAAGGGUCGGUAUGUGAACAUCCGAAUAGCGGGAAACAACAAGAAGCUGGCCAUCUGUGAGGUGUCAGUUAAUCCUAAUCCAACAGUAAACCUUGCUUUGAGCAAGUCAGCUUCUCAGUCCUCUGUCUACCACGAUGCUUACCCUGUGCGAGCAGUGGAUGGAAAUACUGACGGUGUCUGGAGCUCAUUAAGUUGUACACAUACAUAUAGAACAACGGAUCCUUGGUGGCGUGGGGAUCUGGGAUCAAGUCAGCACGUAUCAGAGGUGUUCAUAGUCAACAGAGUAAAGCAUGAAAAUAGGCUUUUCAACAUAGAAAUCCGUGUCGGAGAUAGUUUGGCAAAUAAUGGAAACUCCAAUCCGAGGUGUGGUGGCUUGUACUCGAUGGCUAAUUUGCUCAAAGCUUCGUUUUAUUGCAAACCGAGGAAAAAUGGACGAUACGUAAAUAUCAGACUGGUGGGAAGUAGCAUGGUUCUGACUUUGUGCGAAGUGGAGGUGUAUUCCGAAAGUAGAGCCAUUCUGAAAUACAAGCCAGUAAAACGCUCAGUGCAGGACGUCUAUUACCAAACUUCUAUAACUCUGGUCUGUCCAGAGCCUUUCGGUUAUCCUGAACCGUUCGUAGCCUGGGUAAAAAAUGGUGUCGUCCUUCAAAACAGCUCAUCCGACUUGACACUGAAUCUGUCAAUCACUGCUCAAAGGGAUACUACCAAGUGGACAAUUGACUGUGUGGCCAGCAACAAACAUGGCGCUGAUUAUCACAGAUUUGUUUUGAACUUGCACAGUAAGUAA